UCGAUACUUGGUUGGUAGAGUUUGGGGACGGGACCUGGGCGUGUUGAGAGCUGAGGGAGAUUCAGGGGGAUAGCUAACAGUUACAGUUUUUAAGCUAAUUAAAAGUAGUUUAAGUAAAAUUAGUUAAUUCCCUGGCUGUAUGCGCUGGUAAUAAGCUGUAAGGUGUGGAUUAAGUUGUGUAUUUUGGUGUGUAAAUCUGUGUGGGUUCAGUAGUCUUGCUGCUGCUGCUGCUGCUGCUGCUGGAAGUGAGGCGGGAUGUCCGGAGAGCUCAGGCCCAGGCAGUGUGUGUUGGAGAAGGGCAGCGAUGGAUACGGUUUCCACCUGCACGGAGAGAAGGGCAAGCCGGGUCAGUACAUACGGCUGGUGGAGGCCGGCUCUCCGGCCGAGGUCUCGGGUCUCCUGGCCGGGGACAGGCUGGUGUUCGUGGACGGGGAGAGCGUGGAGGGAGAGAGCCACCAACAGGUGGUGUCCCGCAUACGAGCGGUGACCGGUAAGCUGGAGCUGAUCGUGGUGGACUCCGCGACCCAGGACCUGCUCACUAAACUCAGCCUCAAGUGCCAGAAGGAGUUCGUCACCGACGGGAUUCCCUCCGGCGCGGCUGCCGCCGCCGAGCCGGAGCCCCGCAGGGAGCUGGAGAACGGCACGCCGAGAGAGGAGAGCCCACAGCCCGGCACUAACGGAGACUCCUCCGCCGCUGCUGCCGCCUUCGACAGGCUGAGCGUCAGCUCUAAGGAAUCGAAGAACGAGCUUCGCCCCCGCCUCUGCCACAUGAAGAAAGGAGCCACAGGCUAUGGCUUCAACCUCCACAGUGAUAAGUCCAAACCUGGCCAGUAUAUCAGGGCAGUGGACGAGGACUCCCCGGCCGAGAAAGCUGGACUUCGACCUCAAGAUAAAGUAGUGCAGGUGAAUGGCGUGUCUGUGCAUGGCAUGCAGCACUCUGAUGUGGUGGGAGCCAUUAAGACAGGAGGAGAUGAGCUUCGGCUGCUGGUGGUCGACCCAGACACAGAAGCAUACUUCAACAGCUGCCAGGUUCUCCCCACUGAGGAGCACCUCACAGGCCCUCUACCUGAACCUGCAGCCAGCAAGGAGAUUGCAGAAGAAAAGGUGAAAGAGGAGGAGCCAGCUCAGGAAGCCAAACCCAAAAUAUCAGCCAGUCCCUCUACAUCCAGCACUUCCUCCACUGCAUCCAUCCCUGCUGCUACUGCUGCCAGCAGUCCACCCCCAGAGGAGAAGCCGAUGGAGAGGAGUGUGGGCGGGGAUGCAGGAGCGAAUCUGGAUCUGGGUUUGUCGCUGCAGCAGGCCAAGGAGCGCGCUCACCAGAAACGCUCCAACAAGAAAGCGCCGGCUAUGGACUGGAGCAAGAGGAGCGAGCUGUUCAGUAAUCUCUAAAAAUCACAGCCCUUAAAGCCCUGUUUCUCUCGCUAAUUAUCAUUCAUUAUUUUAUUUUUAUCCUUUAUUUCAUUUAUUUAUAAAGUUCACAAUCCUCCCUGUCAAGCUCAUGAACCAAGUUCCUCAGAUUCUGUGAUCAGCUGUGUUUUUUUUAAAGGGCUACUGAAAAAAUAAAAGAGGUAGAAAAAGGGAAAUACUGAAAUUCUGCUCCUGCUCUCACUGUAAAAGGAGAUGAAAUCACUGUCUUGUUAUGGUGACAGGAUAUUUUUGUUUUGUUUCUUUGUUCUUUCUUCCAUCUCUUCCUUCCUUCUUUUGUUUUUUUGUUUGUUUUAGCCAUCUCUCUCUGUGUCACACACACUCAGAACUCGUAUGAACAUUUCAAGCCAGUGUUACUUUGCUUUGAUGAUUUUAUAUGGAGAACUAUAUCAGUGUGUUGGAGUGUGUGUUCAUACACGUAUUUUCUUAGUUCACAACUUUUCACAUAUCAAUCAUCUUAAUUAAUUCUUCUUUUUUCUUUAGAUGUAAUGUUACCAUAUUAUGUACAGUAUAGAGUUUAAUACUAUUAAAUAAAUGGGAAAUGCGUCAUAAACCAUAUUAGUUUCCUGAAUUUUGUUCAUAAAGGCAUGUAAUUGCCCCUGUGGGAUAUUGAUAUCAUGAUAUCAUGUCUGUCUGCUUUUGAACAUUUAUUUUGAUGGUUGAAUAUAUAACUGUAGCUUUCAGAACAACUGUAAUUGUGUAGAAUUAGCAUUUUCGGGGGCUAAUGCUUUCUUAUAAUGAUGUCUGAUGAAAAGAAAAAUAGUUAAAAUAAGAGCAGAUAUUCUUAAUACAAUUAUAAAUAAAGGCUACUUUCUCUUUUUAAAGAUCUGUAAAGCUGAGCCACUGUUUUUUAGAUUUGCUAUUUUUUCUAUAUCGGGGAAAUCCUAAAUCUCUAACAUGGACCGUGCUGUCAGCUUGUUUGUAAAACAUUCCUUUAUAAAAAAUGUGUAGAAGUCUGUCUUUUUUUUUUUUAUAGAAUUUUAUAAUUAGAUUUGUUUAUGUACAUUAGUCCUGAUCUGAAAAUCAAACCACUGUUAUACAGUCACCCAAAGUUUAUUUAAUAUUUUAAAUAUUUGCUCGUAAAACUCGCAAUUAUUUAGCUUUGAUUUAUUUGUACUUUGAAGCACAAUGCCGUUGUUUCCUUCAGAUUUGUCACGUUUGCAAUUUGUUGAUUUUAAAAAAAAUCAUGUUUAGCUGUUGACUGCAGAAUUAUUUUUCUUUUUUUUUUUUAAAGAACAUUCCUGAACAAAUGACCACUGUUGUAUCACUGUACACGUCUCCUUAGCUCUGUGAUAGUUUAGCUGUUAUUAAUGAUGAAUAUAUAAAGAUGAAUAAAUCAAUUUUGGCGUA